UCAGAUCCUCUGGAAGACGUCUUCAACCUCGAGGGCCGCUUCUACAACCAAGGCUACAACCAGGGUGUCGAGGAUGGCGCCCGCGCAGGCCGGAUAGAGGGCCGCUCGUUCGGCAUGGAAAAGGGCUUUGAGAAGUUCCUCGAAAGCGGCCGCCUCGCCGGCAAGUCUCUGGUCUGGGCAAACAGACUCCCCAAAGUCAAAGGCACAACACAGCAGGCGGAUGCAUCCUCUACUUCGCCAAAGGGUCCGGAAGAAACAUGUACGCUGCCGCCGCUGCCAAACAACCCGCGGCUGGUCAAGAAUGUCAGGUUGGCGUACGCAUUGGUCGAGCCGGACACGCUUUCCACGGAAAACAGCGAUGAGGCCGUGCAGGAUUUCGACGACAGGGUCAAAAGGGCGCAGGGCAAGGUCAAGAUCAUUGAGAGGAUG